CGGACGCAAUCUGUAGUGAUCAGAUAUAUAUAUGUAUUAUUGCCUGCACAAAAGGCCCGAAACCUAAGACAAAAUUAGUGAAUGAUUGACGUUUUGGCGUGUAAACAAAAGUGACAAAAAUGAUGAGCCACCAAUUAGUGGCUUUGGCCAUCGGUAUCUUGGCCAUCACGAUCUGUGGUUUUGCCACUGGUUCUUUGGUGGAAACACCUGGCGUAACCCAGGCCCCGCCUCCACUGCCGCCCCAAGUGAACCCAGCGCGGUCGCGCGUGCGCAACAACUUCCGAACCCCUGGAAGUUAUCCAGUCCCUUCAAAUCCUGCUCGAUGUGAUUACAAGGAGCUGAUGACCAAUCUUCAUGAUCGCGUUGGCAUCUUGGUGACCUUGGACGAGGACCAGCGCCACCGACUGGAAGUCAUCGAUAAGAAAUUGGAUCAACUGGUGGACAGCAGCGAGGCUCGUAUGGAGUCAAUGAAGGUCCAACAGCUGAAUUUCCAGCAACGCUUGGAUAGCUUCGAGCACAUUCAACGCCUCUCGAGGAACACUUUGGAUGAACUAAAAGGUGAAACCGAUCAGGUUUUUGGUCCACGAGCUGUUAGGGAAUUGAAGCACAGACUAAGAAAUCGCAGAAAGAUGAAUGACAUAUCUCGCACUGUCAGAGCCAUUCCCCAGGAUCAGUCUGCAGCUGGCACAGGCUCCUCUGAUGGUCAGGACUUCAAUGCCUCCAACUUGAGUGUCUCGGAUCGUUUGGAUGCCUUGGCCACCCUGCUGACCUCCACGGCACUCAAUGUCCGUGCCGUGCAAUAUGAUGUGGCGAAGCUCGCUCAGUCCAUCAAUCGCCAACGUCGUGUGUCCCAUCGCAAGGGUUUGGGCCAAGGACCAGGUCAAGGUCAGCAGCCGCCCAUCUUCUACGGUCCAUCGGGACCGGGUGGUUACCAGCCCUCGUCCUUCACCCGACCUCCCAGCAGCUGCCAGCAGUCUUUCCUCGCCGUCGAAGGCAUCCUCAAGGUGCAACUCACACCCGAAUCGGAGUCCUUUUACGUGGCCUGCGAUGAGGAUUGGACAGUGAUCCUAAAUCGAAGCACCGAUGAGCUAAACUUUGAACGCGGUUGGUUGGACUACAAGGAUGGCUUUGGCAAUCUGGCUGGUGAUUUCUUCAUUGGCCUGAACAAACUCCAUGCUUUGACCUCAUCUGCCAUUCAUGAAUUGCGCAUAGUUCUCGAGGAUUUUGCGGGCAACGUGGCGUAUGCGGGAUAUUCCACUUUUGCCAUUGGAAGUGAAAAGGAAUUGUAUCCUCUAAAUUUGCUUGGUAGAUUCCAAAACGAUCUUACCCCAUCGGCGGGGGAUUCCCUGUCAUAUCAUGCGGGUGCCAAGUUCAGUACCGUAGAUGCUGAUAAUGAUAAUUGCAUUGAUUGCAGCUGCGCCCAGAAGCACAAGGGUGCAGGGUGGUACAAUAAUUGUGGCACCAACAAUUUAUUGGGUCAAUAUUUCCAGCAGAGCUAUGUCCAAGCUGGAGAGACGGGCAUCUUUUGGGAUACGUUCCAGGGCAAGGAUUAUUCGUUGAAGAGAGUUAGGAUGAUGAUACGACCAGUUAACGAGGAAGAGGCCAGGCGAUAGGAUAUAUAAUGAUAUAGAAGAGUGUCCUGAGGUCUCUCUUAAAACGAAGGAAGAGAUAAGGAAUUAAUAGAGCUUUGAAAUCACUUUAAAAUCCCUUCAAGAUUUCUCAGGCACUCUCUAAACAAUAUCAUUAUCCAACUGCCAUCUCCGAAUUCAGGGAUAACCCAGCAUCGAAACGAAAUUCAAAAUCGUAUCAAAAUCAAAUCGCGAAUGAGUAUAAACAUUGCUUGCAUUUUAACCCUAGCUUUAGUCUCCUCGACUCCCCUCUGUCUGUGCGUGUAUAUGUGUGUAAUAUUUAUGGAAAAUUACUUAAUAUCUAGAUAAUAAAGUAAUGUUAUGUGAACUCUCCA